AUGGGAGCAACCCAUUCGACUGAGCACCCUCAUGUGCUCGAGACACCCCUAGGUAAGCUAAGCGGUGUUGAACAACGAGAUCCAUCUGGCAAAGCUGUCCUGCGCCGAUAUCUCAAGAUCCCAUACGCAUUACCACCAGUCGGUAAGCUAAGAUGGCGGCAUCCUCAACCACUACCCUCGCACUUCACCUUCAACGACCCGUCUGGCUCGCCCGGCGAUUACACCAAGUUCGGUCCAGUAUGCCCUCAGCCAGUCUAUGGCUCUAGCACCGCUGUGCUACCGAAUCCCAAUGCGGUACCACCAAUCCCAAAUGAGCAGUCCGAAGAUUGCUUGUAUCUCAAUAUUUGGAUUCCCGCGGGCACGCCCCCAGCAGAUGGAUGGCCCGUUCAAUUUCACAUCCAUGGCGGUUGGCUCCAAGUUGGCAACGCCAUGCAGUCGCACGACCAUGACCCGUUCGACCUGCUCCGUGAGACUACCCCACGGAUCAUCGUCGCACCGACCUACCGCCUGAACCUUUUCGGCUUCCUGGGAGGCGAGGACGUGGUUUCACAACACGAAGAUCCUUCGCCCUCUAACUUUGGUUUGUGGGACCAACGUAGAGCGUUGGAGUUCGUGGCCAAACACAUCACCCAUUUCGGAGGUGAUCCGAACAACAUCUCAGUCGGCGGCCUCAGCGCUGGGGCCAACAGUACCUUCUUCCAGCUCUACUACGACACCCACCUGCCUCCUUCUCAGCGACUCAUCAAGCGCAUCUACCUCUGGUCCAAUGCAGUAGCCAUCCAGCCCUCUCCCACGAACUCGACACCAUUGACAACGCAAUUCAACGAACUCUGCACAGCUCACAACAUCGAUCCAUCCCUCCCCUCCGCCACGAAGCUCGCCAAGCUGCGAGAUGUGCCCUCUUCAGCCUUCAUCGCCUCGCUCUCCCGGCUGAAAGCACACACCUUCCGCUCCAGCACGGACGACGCCUUUAUUCCCAGCACCUUCCUAUCAUCCUUACACAACGGACAGUUCACCACCCAGCUCGCGCGCCACAAUAUUCGCAUCCUCCUCGGUGAAGUCCGCGACGAACUGAACCUAUACCGCCUGGUCAAUCCCCCAUCCUCCUACCCAGGCCUUCUCACGCAGUUAGCCAACUAUUAUCCUCGCCCUGUCGUCGACGCCUUGCUCCCACACUGGCCGGUACCCAGCAAGGACUCCACCGAUGCUCAGAAGUGGGAGGACAUCUUCGCGUCCAUCACAGCUGCAGGCCAGGUGCACGUGCCACAGCGAGGUUUCGCACACCUCCUGCUGCAUCCACCGAGAUCGGAGGGUGUCACGCCGCUUCCAGAGGAUAACCUAUACCGGUAUCGCAUCGAGUGGCGCGCCAAAGGACUGGAUGCGUGGCUACGGCCGGAAUUGGGCGUGUGCCAUGCAGGCGACACGCCGCUAUGGUGGUGCAGCGGCUGGCGUGCGGGCUACUCGGAGGACGACAAGAAGAAUGUCAAGAAAUUCCUAGAGCCUUUCGGUGCUUUCCUAGAGGGCAAGGAGAUCCAAUGGGGAGCCAAGGGAGAGAAGAGAUUCAGAGUUAUGAGGCCAGAUGGUACGGUUGACGAGGAUGUGAGAGAUGAGCUGUGGGACAAGUACAUGGAAGUGUGGGAUAGUAUCUGGGAUUGUCAGAAAGACGCGGUUGCACGGUUGUAA